AUGCGGCGCUGCGUGGCGCUUUCAUGGCUGCAGUAUCGCGGCAGCGUGCGCGAUUCACGUGUUUCAUGUGGCUGCGUGAAAACAAUUCGGCGUUGGUGCCUUUCGCUGCGCAUCCCCUCCGUGCAGUUUGCUGCACCCCGCUCCCAGACUCACGAGGACCUUGCGUAUGCAGCUUGCCCCAUAUGUGGUCGUCUUACGCACAUGUGUGACAUGUUCACACACCUCACAACCGCCCAUCGCGAGCUGAACCCGGCGCACUGCAAGAAGAUCUGCGGCGAGCGGCUGGAACUCUACCAGCAGGUGAUUGGCGUUCCUCUAAAGAAAAUGGAGCUCACUACUUCUGGUCGUCGGGUGCUUGACUUCUUGCCCACAGUGUUGCCAUCCGGUUAUAUCUGCAACUGGUGCGAUAUGAAGAACGAUGUGUACCCCACGAGGGAUAAAUUCCUCAAGCACGUGGCCGACGUGCAUACGGAGAUUGACCUGGAGGACGUCGAGCAGCACGUCCCGCUGCUGCCACGUGGAGUCGUGGAGGAGAAGAGCAGCACACGGGAGGAGAUGCGGCCCACACGGCGUCUGGCUGGUGUUGAGGCCGUUGCCGAAACGUUCACUAUUCCGUUCGUUGCCACGCGCCAGGUGGCUGUUUCCAUACCGCGUGUCAUUGACAAGAAAGUAACACAGCAACCGGUUGUGUUCAGCGACACGGAGUUUCCAUGCGAGCUGUGCAACAAGGUCUUCCAGAGCGAGAUGGACCUGCUGCAGCAUCUGGAGACGCGACACCCAGAUGGAUCCGCCGGGGCCUCCACUGACGUGGGUCAAUCAGCAAUUGCCGAGGUGGCGGAGUUUACCGCAAAGGAGGCAACAAUGGGUAUCAGCCAGCGUGUGCACGUCGUUUGUGACCUCUGCCUGACAUCUUCAAAGGUGUACACAAUGCCUUCCGCGCUUUUUUCUCACAUACGCUUCAAGCACCCUGGCGAAGAUGCCGCGUACCAUGUGGAGCGCCUCAUUCGCACGCAGAAGGGUCAGUCAUUUGUAUGCAAAGUCUGUAAUAAGGCAUUUGCUACAGCCGCCGCACUUGAGGGUCACUUUAGCAACAAACAUGGAGAGCAAGCGGGUGCAUUGUUGGGUCAGGGGCGUGUGGCGAUGAAUAACUGUUGGUGGUGUCACGACUGCGAACGGGGCUUUUCAAGCGCCAAGGGACUGCACGGCCACAUGCAGAACAAACACGGGCUUUCUACACAGGUGCAUCCAUGCCCCGCAUGCAAACGCGUGUUCUCUGAUGUGUACUCCCUGGAGGAGCACAUCACACUGCUGCACAAGACGAUUCACUUGACCGACAUUGGGCUGCAGACGCAUGCGAAGUGCAACACAUGCGAUCGUUGCUUUUUGAGUCACGAGGACCUGCACCGUCAUGCCGUCAAGCACCACAAAAAAGAUCCUCGGGCGCCUAUUCGCCCGUUUGAGUCUUCAUCCUCCUCUUCACCGGAGGGUAAGGGGGCGGCGAAGACUGAUGCGUCUUCUUCUUCCUUGUCGUCUUCGCCCGUGGCCGCGACACCACAGGCCCCACGCAAAGUGAAGAAGCGCAAAAAGACCGCUGUAGAAGAGGAGACAAGUUCGUAG